UGUGUCAUCAACACAUUAGGGUGGACACAGCAAAUGUUGGGUAAAAUAAGAGGACAAGACCAGUGUUAUAUUUUAUUUAGGGGCCCGUUACAGACAAGUAAGUUAUAUUGUCUUUGUCGACAGGCUGUCAUAAAGUUAACACGACAGCAAGAGUUGAAAACGCACUCAAACUGCUAAGCUACUUUGGUUCUCCACAACUGCACUGUUAGCAUCGGGCUAACUGGCUGAUCCCCCGUCUACCUGACGGGACGGGAGAGAGAUGUCCUGCAGCUUAUUGGAGUUCUGUCGGCUCCAGGAGCUCAAAACGGUCCGGGACUACCUGUUCCAGAGCCAGAAAAACGAGCCGGUGGAGGAGAAGAAUCAAACCGAAAAUGAUGUGUCCUGGGAGACCUCUGAGUGGGAGUCGGCAUGGGAUAGUGGGGAAAACAAAGAGGAGGAAACGACUUCUGCCACAAAGGUGGAGGAGGAGCCCACAGAGCAGAGGGCCCCCUGGCUGCAGGACUGUGUCGUGUCCCUGUCGCCCUGCUCCGACCUGCUGGUAGUGGCCCGCGAACAGAAGGCUGUCUUUCUCUCAGCUAAGUGGCGUACAGAUGAUGGCGGCAGAGAGGAGAUGACCCUGGCUGUGUCCUGGACUGGAACACUCAGCACUGAUGAAGGAGAGUGUGUGAGCAGCUCCAUCUGCAUACCGUUGGCAAGCCAGAAGCGGAGCUCCACAGGGCGGCCUGAUUGGACAUGUGUGGUCGUGGGUUUCACUUCUGGCUACGUCCGCUUCUACACAGAGAAUGGCGUUCUCCUCCUGGCCCAGCUGCUACAUGAGGACCCUGUGUUGAGGCUCAAGUGUCGCACGUAUGAGAUCCCUCGUCAUCCUGGAGUGACUGAGCAGCAUGAAGAGUUAAGCAUCCUGUACCCCGCUUCUAUGGUCACCAUCGACGGCUUCAGCCUCUUCCAGUCUCUGCGGGCCUGCAAGAACCAGGUGGCAAGAGCGGCAGCAGCAGGCAGUGAUGUGAUCCAGCCCCCUCCCCUGGCCUAUAAGAAGUGGGGUCUGCAGGACAUGGACACCAUUGUGGACCACUGUAGUGUGGGCGUGAUGACGCUGUGUGUGUUUGACCAGAUGAAGAACGCUUCUAUCCUCGGGGGGUUUCAUGCUUCAGUCAAGGGAAACCCCCCCGCUAUGAGCCAGUAUGUCACUGUGGGAGGUGGGCCAUACACGGGCUUCUACUAUGCUGUAGAGGGAAGCUCCCAGCCUCUCCUCUCUCACGUGGCUCUGGCUGUGGCCAGUAAACUCACCUCAGCUCUCUUCAGUGCUGCAAGUGGAUGGUUGGGUUGGAACAAGCAUAAGAAUGAAGAGGAAGUUCAGAAACAGAAGCCGAAGGUGGAGCCUGCUACGCCCUUGACCAUCAGAUUUGGUCUCCCAGACUCCCGUCGUCAUGGCGAGUCCAUCUGUCUGUCCCCCUGCAACACGCUGGCCGGAGUGACGGAUGACUUUGGUCGGGUCACGCUGCUGGACUUGGCCAGGGGCGUGGCCAUCCGCAUGUGGAAAGGUUACAGAGAUGCUCAGCUGGGAUGGCUGCAGGUUCCAGAGGAGCGAGUCGAUCGAGACUUAUCCCCCUCUGCCUCCCACCCCAGACGCCAUGCUUUGUUCCUGGUCAUCUACGCGCCGCGCAGAGGGAUCCUGGAGGUGUGGGGGAUGCAGCACGGACCCCGAGUCGGAGCCUUCACUGUGGGCAAACACUGCAGGUUGCUGUAUGCUGGCUACCGUCUGAUGGGGGUGAACAGUGUGACCAGUAAGGGCUGGCAGCUCCACACACAGCAGGUGUGUCUGCUGGAUCCCAUCACAGGAGCUCUGAGGACCGUCAACAUCCCCUUCCACCUGGCCCUCAGUGACAAGAAGAGUGAGCGAGCCAAAGAUAUGCACCUGUUAAAGAAACUGACUACUCUCCUCAGGAGCAGAGAGGUGGAGCCCGAUAUAUUGGAGAGCGAAGCCAAAAGUGCGCUGCUGGACAUCAAACAUCCCGCCAUUAAAAAGCAGGCUUUGGAGUCACUACUGUCCAAUAAGAAUGCUCCUGUCUCUUGUCUUGCUAACAUCACAUCCGCCUUAUAUGACACUCUAAAGCAACAAGACCCAGAUGAAGUGGAUCCAGCUCUACAGCAGCUCUGCUCCUCUCAGCUGAAACUGCUUCAGCUCUACUCUGACAUCCAGCAGCUGCACUCUGCUGCAGACACAGAGACCUGCCCUGAAGAUGAGGAGUCUCUGGAAGGCAUCGAGGAGGAGCUGUCCCGUGUUGGUCCUACCUUACAACGCUACGCUCAGCUCACUACCAGACCCAGUGUGUCCUUCGCCCAGGACUCGCCCAACUCCCUCCUGCCCGCCCAGGCCUUCCUCUCCCAGAUGGAGUGCACCGAGGGAGAGGAGCUGAGGGUAAUCCGCGGCUCUGAAACCCAAUGGAAUCAGCUAGGGAACUUUAUGUUCUGGGGUUGUCUGUGUGGAAAGAGCCCACUCCAUCAAAUGUGUGACACACUGCAGCAGGCAGGCAUCAGUCCUCAGCAGCUCCUGUCCCUGUUGCUGAGUGUGUGGUUGCAAAGAGAGAAGGAGGUGCUACAGAAACCAGAAGAAACUGUCAAAAAUCUACACACACUACUCAUCGCCCUUAGCAACAUGAAAGGUGCAGUUGAGGAUUCCUGGGACCCCCAGUCUAUCUCUCCCUGGUGGCAGCAGGUCCGCACUACAUGCAUCCAGUCCCACAACGCUGCUGCUGCUCUGCUGGCUGCUUUUGUUGCUCACCGCGCUACCAAAGCUAGCAUCACAAGCCGGGCUGACAGCAAGUUUCAGUCAGAGUGGGAGGCAGUGUCCCUUGAGCUGGAGCAGUGGCUGGUGUGUGUUCGCCAGCUGGAGGAUGUGUUGGUGCUGCAGACUCUGCUAUUGGUGCCUCCUCCUCAGGGCGCAACAGGGGGCGCUGCACCACAGUGCUCCAUCAAAACGCUGCUGGAGGGAGGCACAGGUGGCAUUGCCGACAGUAUCUCCAAGUGGGUGUUUAGGCACAACUUGGCCCCUGAGCGAUUGAAGGAGAUUCUCCAAAAGAAAGAAGAGGCAGAUGAAAAACUCGAGCAGAAGUCCGGUGAAGGAAAGGAGCCGGAGGAGGGGAAUCAAGAGGACACAGACAGAACAGCAGAGCUGCUAGUGGCAGUUUGCCAGCGCUUCCCUCACUCCCUGUCUCCUGACCUGCUCUCCGCCCACUGCUGCUGGGAAUAUGUGGUGCAGUGGAACAAAGACCCCGAGGAGGGCCAAUAUUUAUGGUGUGCUGUGGAACAUUUGAAGCUGGUCUCCAGUCCACAUAUCCAGCUAGGUAUUUCUGCGAUGAUGUGGAGCACGUUCAUUGUGAAGCGCUUCUCAGCAGCAGCCUACCUCAUGGAGAAGGUGGGGAAAGCACCCAAAGAUCGCUUAUGUCGACGGGACGUCGGGAUGGGAGACAAAGCCGUGACUUCUUUCCUGGGCUGCUGUGUGCAGCUGCUGCAGAUCCUCAUGGAGGCGGACUCUGCUGUGGAGGAGGUCUCGGCCCCGGAGCUGUCCAUGGAGGAGGCGUGGUGCGGGGCAGAGGGCCCGGCGUCUCUGGCUGAGAUGGCCCUGGAGCAGAGGGGCGUCCACUACCCUCUGGUGCAGCACCACUGCCUGGUCGCCUCCCUGCUACAUGCUGCUAUGACCUUUAGCCUGAAGGUCAAACCUCUCAGCCUGUUUGACAGCAAGGGCAAGAAUGCUUUCUUCAGAGAUCUGACCACCAUCCAGCUGAUGCCCAGCGGAGACAUGGACCCCGGCCUGGUGUCAAUACGACAAGAGUUCCUCCUCCGGGUGCUGACGGCCUGGGUGCAGGCUAUCAACGAUCCGUCCAUCUCAGCCUCCGGCAACACGUCCCCCUUUCCCCCCUCGAAUGGCCCCAAGGCUGACUGGUGGCCCUCGCUGUGUCUGGAGCUGGGCUCCCUGCUGCAGGUCAACCCCGACAUCCUGAGGAGACACCUGGUCUGUGAGCUCUACAGCCAGGGCCUGGACCCCCGCGCUGAGGAGGUGAUGCUGGAGGUGGAGGAUAAGGACGUGCUGGGCUCCCAGCUGCUGGUGCUGACGGGACAGAGGCUGAGCUACUGUCUGCUCCACAGCCAGAGUCAGACGCAGUCCGCCAUGGAGCUGCUGGCCCGCCUGCCCCCCACCCUUUGCACAUGGAUCAAGGCGAUGGACCCCAGUGAGCUGCGCUGCCCCCUCGUCCCCCUGUCCCAGACCAGCAGGCUGGUGGGCCGGCUGGUUGAAAUCCUGCCGGAGAACCACGCCCAGUACAGCCUGGCCCUGCACCUGCUGGAGGCUGUGGAGGCCCUCUCUGCUGAGGGCUGACCCCGAGAGGUGGAGGGCAGCACCUUCAAAGGCAGUGUCAGUGAGGGCAGGUGGAGAGAAGGAAAUUAAGAAAUAAAACAAGGUCUGUACCAAUUUAGGGUAAUGAGAAAAUAUGAUUAACAGCCUUCUGAACCUCUUUGUCAUGGAGAUUUUGUGUUUCGUCACUCAGCUCAUGUUUAUAAGAUAUAUUUGUUCUCACAACUUAAUUGAAGAAAGAUUAAGAGUGCAUAUUAUAGCCUUUUAACCUUUUUUUUAAUCCAUCAUAUUUUCCGCGCAUGUAACAUGAAUUGUAUUGUGUUAUUGAAGAUUAUUGUCUGAAAAAUAAGUUGAAGGAAUGGUUAUUAAUGGACAGGGCAUGUUUGUCUGAGGAACUUUAGAGAUCACAUGUCAGUGUUGGUAUCCUAACUGUGUGCCAUAUCAGAGUUCAGUUCUCCUUCUUCCUUUCUCCCUCCCAUGGACAAGAGAUGUAUCAUAAAGAAAUAUGGACCUUAUUUUUUAUUUAUAUAUGCAGACAGUACUGUACUAUCUGUGCCUGUUUGUCUCCUAUUCUGUAGUCUGUGUCAUUGCAGAAUAAAGAGCUUUCUAAUGCAG